AUUAUUUAUUUAUUUUAAGUUGAAUAAUUUAAGAUGUUGAAAAUCGUUGCCGUUGUUUUUUGUUUGGCGGCCCUCUCCACCUGCCAGGUGCCGAUCGACUUUGCCUACUACCACGAUCUCCAUUUACCCCACUCUCCCCCGCUCCAUCCCACGCUGGCUCGCGACACCAUACAUACGGUCUUCAGCUGUCAGGGCCGAGCACGGGGGUAUUAUGCGGAUUUAGACACUGGAUGUCAGGUAAGGUAUCAUCUCUACUUGCCCCACUCUCCCCCGCUCCAUCCCACGCUGGCUUGCGACACCAUUCAUACAGUCUUCAGCUGUCAGGGCCGAGCACGGGGGUAUUACGCGGAUUUGGACACUGGAUGUCAGGCGUACCACUUCUGCUGGCACCAACGUCUAGUGGCGACAGACCUUUGUGCCAAUGGGACCCUUUUUAACGAACAGUUCCAGGUCUGCGAUCAUUUCUACAACGUGAGAUGCGGGUCGCCUUAUGAAGAUUUAUAAAAAAAAUAUCAGGCUGACAAUAAAACAAAUAAAAAA